GCCCCCCCGCUUCGCCCAUCCUUUCUCGUUUUUCCUUCUGUGAGGCGGCCGCUCCGCUCCCUUUCCCUUCCCUCCCCCUCGCCCUGUCCCGUCCCUCGCCGCUUCCUUCCUCCUGUCUGUGCCAUGGAUGGCGUGGAUCUGAUGAGCUUCUUCCACCUAGUUUCGCUUACGGGCCUUUUACCAUGAGCAAUUCUACUCCUGCUACAGCUAAUGGGAAUGACAACAAAAAAUUUAAAGGAGACAGAUCUCCCUGCUCCCCUUCGCGAGUCCUUCAUCUUCGUAAAAUUCCAAAUGACGUCACUGAAGCGGAAAUAAUUUCUCUAGGUCUACCUUUUGGCAAAGUAACCAAUCUCUUGAUGUUGAAGGGCAAGAGCCAGGCUUUCCUAGAAAUGGCUUCAGAAGAAGCUGCCGUUACUAUGGUGAACUACUACACUCCUGUUACUCCUCACCUCCGCAGCCAGCCUGUUUAUAUUCAGUAUUCCAAUCACCGAGAACUUAAGACUGACAAUCUACCCAAUCAGGGUAGAGCGCAAGCUGCGUUGCAAGCAGUGAAUGCGGUGCAGUCCGGAGGCUUGGCCCUUACAGGUGCUCUCGCGACUGAAGGCGGACUACCUCCUGGUCAGAGUUCUGUUCUUCGAAUUAUAGUUGAGAAUCUCUUCUACCCUGUAACUCUAGAAGUGCUGUAUCAGAUCUUCUCCAAGUUUGGGACAGUCUUGAAGAUUAUCACUUUCACAAAAAACAAUCAGUUCCAGGCCUUGCUUCAAUAUGCUGAUCCAAUGAAUGCACAUUAUGCCAAAAUGGCUCUAGACGGUCAGAAUAUCUACAAUGCUUGCUGCACUCUUCGUAUUGAUUUCUCCAAGCUAACAAGCCUUAAUGUAAAAUACAACAAUGAUAAAAGCAGAGACUUUACUCGUUUAGACCUUCCUUCAGGUGAUGGACAGCCUUCCCUUGAUCCCACCAUGGCUGCUGCCUUUGGCACUCCAGGUAUCAUCUCCUCACCAUAUGCGGGGGCUGCUGGUUUUGCUCCUGCCAUUGGGUUUCCUCAGGCAGGUCUCUCCGUCUCAGCUGUUCCCAGUGCACUUGGUCCUCUUGCAAUCACCACCUCUGCUAUGACUGGGCGAAUGGCUAUCCCAGGAAUGACUGGAAUGCCCGGAAAUUUCGUUUUGCUUGUUAGCAAUCUCAAUCCUGAUGCAAUCACACCAGAUGGACUCUUUAUUCUGUUUGGUGUUUAUGGUGAUGUCCACCGUGUAAAAAUCAUGUUUAAUAAGAAGGAAAAUGCCUUAGUUCAGAUGGCAGAUGCAACCCAAGCCCAACUAGCCAUGAAUCACUUAAAUGGACAAAAACUAUAUGGGAAGGUGCUGCGUGUCACACUCUCAAAGCACCAGACAGUACAGCUUCCUCGUGAGGGACAAGAGGAUCAGGGUUUGACUAAGGACUAUAGUAAUAGCCCUUUGCAUCGCUUCAAGAAACCCGGCUCAAAGAACUUCCAAAAUAUCUUUCCACCAUCUGCCACUCUGCACCUAUCCAACAUUCCACCUUCUGUCACAGUAGAUGACCUGAAGAAUCUUUUUGCUGGUACUGGAUGUAUUGUGAAAGCCUUCAAAUUCUUCCCAAAAGACCGCAAAAUGGCUCUCAUCCAGUUGGGCUCUGUGGAAGAAGCAAUCCAGGCUCUUAUUGAGCUUCAUAAUCAUGACCUUGGAGAGAACCAUCACCUCAGAGUUUCCUUCUCCAAAUCUACAAUCUGACACUUCUGUGACCUUUUGCUUUUUAAGACUCUACCCACAAUUACCAGUAAAAUUCAGACAAGAGACUGGAGUAGCCAAAACCAACGCUGCGUCCUUAAACCAUUAAACUUGUGUGGCUCAUGUGUAUUACUUUACACAGUAAAUGAAUCAAGGGAUGAUUUUUCAUAUCUUCUUCUGUUUAAAUGGCUAACAGUCCUCCUCGAAAUUUUCUUCUGUAGUAUUUAAUAACGCAACAUUUUCAGUAGAAGCCCCUCUUUUGUUUUUAAUGAUUUCAGAGGCAUAUUUUUUUGGUUUUUAUUCCAAAACAAUGUUACACAACAUUUCUGUGCCCCGUUAAACUAUCCUAUCAAAAUAAUGUUUUCAGAUAGAUCUAGUGGAUUAUUUUAAGCACAUAGAGUGUUCUGUGGGGGAUUUAUUUGACCCCUUAGCUAAUAAUUUUAAUCAGUACCUGUUGAACAUAUUGGAGGAAAGGCAGUGCCUUCUUUUUCCAUGGAGCAAAGUAAAUUUUUUCAAAUAAAUUGUGUAAGUGACACAGGUAAAUUAUUUUAAUGUGAUCAUAGUGAAUUUUUAAACUAGGUAUUGAAUCAUGGUGUAAGAAACCACUAAUUUUUAUUACUAUGAAAUGCUGUGUAAUAAGAUUUUGGAGAAAAUGAAAGAAGAAAUAUGUCCUGAUUUCAAGUUUUGUACAUUUCUUUCAGAAAAAAAAUGUUUACACUCAUAAGGAAAAAAAUUCAGGUCUGUCAUAUGGUUUGACAAAUUUUUAGAAAGGUUAUUUUUGGUAAGGUCUUGUUUAAAAAUAUAAAAUUAAACCUCAAGGGUUUUUUGUACCACUAUAAUCUCUAAUACUUAAAUCAGAAUUACUGUGUAUUUACUUAAUUUCUUACGUGCCUUAUUAUGUGCUUAUAAUGAUACAAUAGUUAGAGUUUUAUCUGAAGUAUCUUUAAACUGUAUUGUGGCUUGGUGAGAUUUUUUUUCCUUUGUCCUAGUUUUUAAACGCUUGGUGAUUUAAAAAAAAAUGUUUUAAUAAGUAAUAGUCAAAUCAGAUUUUUGGUGCUUUGGUACAGGGGUGGUGGUGGGGUACUAAAGAUAACUCAAUGCACAUCCUUAUAGGCCUCACAAUAUUUUGGAGGUUGCAGUUGAGUGACACCACUGUUGGGUUUUAAAGAAUGUUCUCCAGUUUCUGCAUGAUAUCUAACCUGUAGAGCCAUUGGCUCUUUGAGAAUAUUUUGCCUCAGGAUUCCUUUUCACCCAACAGUACUUGCUUGCUGUACUAAAUGUGGACUGGCUUUCCUCCAUAAAUAUCACAACUUCAAUACUGAAUGUUCACUCCUCUUUGGAGAGCAAGAUGAGAUGCAAUCUUAACUAUUUUUUGUGAAAUCUAGGCAUACACAAAUUAUUUCUAUGAUUGUAAUACAAUGUUUUUAGAGGUGUCUCAAGAUGUUACGUCUACUGAAAUUUUUCAUUGUUUUGUAAGGUAUUCCUCUCAAGUAUAAGGGUUAUUAAUCCUUCAAUUGUGUUGAAAAUGGACACAGAGACUUAAGAAGUGAAAUGGAGUGUAAUGAUUUGUGGCUCUCAUUCUGCUUUUGGAUUUUUUUUAGCAAGUCAAAUUGCUCUGUGAAGACUGGCUGUUGGUCAGCAAAAAGAAUUCCAUAGCUUUAGAUCUAGUUUGAAAGCUUCUUUUAAAAUGGUAACUUGGUAACUUAUCUUUGAGAUGUCAGCUUCUUGAUAACAUCACUGUAGGAUGAAAGGAUAGUCAGUGAGACAUUUUUGCAACCUUAUAUAGCUAUAUUUGUGUCAGCUGGCUGAUAAAUCACCUUUGGACAUUAAAUGAAUGUGUUCAUUUUGUCACCCGAUAAGAGUGUGUGUAACGCUAGACUAACGUCCAGUAAUAACUGAUCCCAUAUUCAAAGUCCACCACUGCUUUGCAGCUGUUUGAAAAUAGCAUUUUAAAACACCUAAAAUACCAAUAUCCUCUUUUGUUUUAGCAAUGCAGUUUAAUUGGUCCCAAAUUCCAGCCUAAAUGGGUCUCCUUCAUUCCAUGGAACCAUGAAUUCAAGUAAGCAUGUUCAAGAUGACAGCCCAUUUAGGUGUGUAAAUUAAAUAGCUUUUUGGAUUUAUAUCCCCAAUCAAUAUGGCUCCUCUUUAGAAUAAUUUGCUAAGUUACCUUUUAAUCUUGGUCACCAUGUGUUUAAUGCUGCUACAAAGGGGACUUUAUUGCAGUUGAUGAAUGUACCCGAAGUAGGGGAAAAACAAGUUCUGAGAAUGAGCAUUAGCAUGUAUAAUAUCAAGGGUGGGGAGUGUGUGUUUGUGUGUGUGUGUGUGUGUGCGUGCGCGCACACACAUGUGUGCUGUGUGAAGUUUCCUAUAUGUAUGCUAAUACACAUUGCAAGCAUUUAAUUUAUUGACUUAACUAAUCUAAAAACAAAACGUACCUUCAUAAUGCUUAACAGAGCAGUAAAUGGUUAAUCCUAACAUGAAAGACAGCUUCACUUAGUCCCUAGAAAAUGCCCUUUCUAGCCAACGUGUCGUUGUAAGUAGUCAUUUCUCGACUACUUUGAGUUGUAGGGCGUACGGUUUAUAUGCUGGCAAACUUUUUUUUUUUUAAUUUUAUUUUGGAUAUACUCAACAUAUUCUGUGUGGUCUUGUCAUAAUUAUGUUAUAUUCUGUAUUGAUCAUCUUGGUUGUAGUGCAUGUGUGUUCAAUGAUUGGGUGGUUGAUUUCCUUUUUGAAAUUGUUUCUCCAUGAGGUGCAAAUACGAGAAAUGGCAGUACAGUACACACUUUGUUUGCAUUUAAAACAGUAAUUCCAUUUGCAGCAAUAGCUAAGCUUGAUUUCCCCCCUCCCUAUCAAAGCAAAAGAAACUUAGUCCCACAAAGGCGACACUUUCUUAUUUUCUGACCCCUUUAUUCUUUUGCUGCAGAAUGCUAGCAUCUGUUCUGUCACCAUUUACCAGAUCUACAGUGAAUGUCCUGCAAGAUUAAGGUGUUCAAGAGGAUGUUGUUAGCAUCCCUUUGUGAAAAAAUAUUUGACAAGAAGUUUCGUGCAGAGGAACUUACUUUUCCAGACUUACUUGGACCUUUGCUAGCAUUCCUAUUAUCAACUGAAUUUUCUCUCGCCCUAAAGCGGUUGUGAUUUUAAGCUGCAAGUGGCCCUUGCUUUCAAAGUGAAUUCUGUUUGUGUCACCUGCGUGCCAGACAUUUCUGUCACCUGUAGAGUAUGGGAUAUGUGUUUAGGGCUUUGGCCAAUGAAGUCUUUGAAGAAUGCUGGCUUUUAAUAACAUUUAAAUAUUUUUGCUCAAUAUGCAACCUCAGCAAAGGUUCCCUUUUAGCAUUUUGGGCAAAGGAAAUAUUUUUCUCAAUUGGAAGAUUUGCAGUUUCGUUCAUUGUAAGAAAGAAAUGCUAACAAAUCAAAUUAAGGGAUAUGUAACACCACAGGAGCCAAUGUGGUUUAUAAAAUAAACAAGCCUAAAUCUCCUUGGUGCUGAGAGGCCAGAUUUAAAAAUGGUAUUUUAAGUUACUUAACUGAUUAGUCACCUACAGUUGCCUACGAUUCUUUCUUCUAGAGGCUAAGCCAUUAUAGCUUUCACAACCGAAAGACAAACUGCUGCUAGCUUUUGGAUAUAAACUGGAAGGGAAAACUGGCUCAGGAAAGCCAGAGUGCAUAGUUACAAGGCUUCAUGUCUUGCAGUCUUUGCUUUUUAGCCCCACAAUAAUCUGUGGAGAGGGGCUUUUAAUACUCUAAUGAAAUUUUUUAUUGCACCAUUGAAUCAACUAAGCCCAUCCAGACACUUUUUGCAAGUUACAGAACUUCAAAGAUACGUUCAUUUUAAGCCUUGCCCCCAAACUUGGUUGCCUUUCGUGUCUCCCACCAGUUGCAUGGUUACUGUGCUUGGAGAAUUUAUUGAGGGCUCGCCGUGCCUAUAUCUAUCUCCGAAUGUAGCCUUGAGUUGUCCACGUGACACCUCUUUUUCCCAGACGGAGAGAUUGUGCAGUGGAAUCUUGUUGCUGUAAAAUAAAGCAGAGCGUGUGAAUUUUACAGUGAACGAGCCUAUCUAACUGCUACACUUUUUACUAUGACCAAGAGAGAGACAGCUGGAUAUGGGCUUUCUUUCUGGGAAUGACAAACCUGAGAUGUGCUCUUUCAGUCUUCAUCCUGUUAUAUGUAGUAUGUACUGCUAUUUUCAAAGGAGAGGGGGCUGAGUAGUUUACUGUAUUAAAGCCAUUUUUAUUUGCCUUGACUUUUUUUUGUGGACUGGUAACUCUGAACAAAACGGUCAGAUUUUAAACUGUUCUGUGCUGAAAACUGUUCAGGUCGCACAGAGAUUUUCUUGAAGCAAACUCACUCCUAAUUGUCUUUGCAAUUAUCUGUCUGUGGUAUAUGAGACUGUUCUUAAUUUUUAAAUCAAAUCUUAACAAUUAGGAAUUAUUUGAAGAAAUUUAAAACUUCAAAGAUUUAAUUUCAGGGUUUUUACAAAAAAGAAAACAAUAUGGGACCAAAGUUUAUGUGCCUUCAGUAGUCUUGUGUAAUUUUUUUGCUAUCUCUUUCAGUCUUUAGAAUAAAUACUAUUGUUUUCAAGAAAAUGUGUAUUUAUAUAGUAAAAAAAAACACACACCAAAUGACCCAUGAACUAUCCAUAUGUGCAGUCAAUUGCUAACUGUUUCAUUUGGCUUUAGUAUCCCUUUGCUUUCUACCAUUAUAACAUGAAUCAAGUUGCACCACACAGGAAUUCAUGUUCAACUCUAGGCAUGUGGCUCGUGGUUGUCACAGUAGCUUGCAACUGGGACAUUAUUAAAUAUUGAGGAUCCUUGUAUCCAGAAAUCCUCAGUUAUAAAUGAAGAGUGCAUGCUUUGGUAGAAUUUUCAAUUCUUGGAUCUAUGUGCAGUAUUAGGAAUGAUAGUGAAAAGUCUAACCAGCGAUGUACUUAGAUUCAUCUUUGACUAUGUUUUUUGCUGUUUUCCAAAUUCAUUCUCCUGUUCCUGAAAACAACUCAUCCCAGUCUCAAAAUACAGUUGCUGACCAAGCAAAUUGUUGUAUCAGAUUUGUCACCUCAUUGCAAUGACCAAAGAUUGUCUGCUCUGGUUUUACUGAGACAUCUUGCCAGUUCUCUCUCUUUCUCAAGCAAUUUUUUUCCCUGAAAGACUCAGUGUAAAGUGGCCUUUUAUAUGAAUGUUAUUGGUGAAUGGACUACUUAAUGGGAAAUUAGAUUUUUUUAAAAAGAAAGAGAAAAGCGAACCAAAUGUAAUGGCAUAAGGCAAGAAAGAGGCUGAUGGAAAGAGAGUGCUGUGUUAAGAGAAAGAACGGUGCGCAGUUACAAGAGUCAAAACAUUCCCUUUUCAUGUCUUCACAAAUCCCUUUUUAAGUUUGUAAAAAUAUUCAUCUAACACAAGAAAAUGCUGUAAAUAUUUAUAACAACAUUUUUUACCUGUCAAAAAAAAAAGGUUUUUGGGAACAAGUAUAAAAUGGUUUUUAUAUUUAAAAAAAAACAUCAAUUAUCUUGUAUAUUUUGAUAAGCAACAGUACCAGCUUUCAUUUGUUAAGCAGCUUGUGGCAAUUGGAGGGGGGAAAGGAUUUCAUGUUGUUGAGAUGACUUGAUGUUAUAAAUGCAAAGAAGUUGAAAUAUUAAAGAAACCUAUUUUCUAA